UUGCGUCAUCUUCGUCAUACAUAAACAUGUUUUUGUUGUUGUAUAUUUCCAACCAUUGUAGAGUGUUGAACUAAGCGUGAUUCGUUUUCUUUAUUAAAUAUUAUAAUUUACUUUCCAAGUUUUGAUCUCUCUGUCUUUCAUGUAACAAGAUUUUGCCAAAAACACUUUUUCGAAUAUGUGAUGUCUUCAAACGAAAUUUUAGUAUCGCUCUGUGUUAUUCGAAUCGAAGUCAGUGAUUACGAUUCGGAACAAGACGUUGCAAUGGCUGUGAGAAAAAUGCGAGGAUGCCGUGAGCCAAGGGAAAUAACAAUAGAAAAUUAUUCAAAUUCCGAGGAGGGUCCAGUGCCACUUUUACAUCAUCAGAAUUUAAAUAAAUCACAUUCAACAUCGCGUAUGAAUUCAGAGGAAUCAUCGAUAUCGCAAAUUUUAUCUGAAGGUGCAACAUCGUGUAAUGUUGCCGAUCAAAUUAAUUUUUUCUCCGGGAAUCCAUUUGUUGAGGUCACCAAAGGAAUUUUGCAUUUGUUUAAAGAGGAUGAAUUAACGGACGUACAAUGCGCUGCAACACGAAGCAAUACAAUUUGCAUGCUCUCAGUUCCUGCAACAAUGACUUGUCACGAUGUUUUAACAUUCACUGCCGCUUGUCAUCAAAAUAUUCAACAUUUUCGAAUUUUGCGUGACGAUAAUCCAGAUCAAUAUAUGGCUUUGAUCACUUUUAGGAAUUCCGCGGCUGCGAGUGAAUUUUACGAGACAUUUAACGGCGCACCGUACAAUUCAUUGGAACCGGACGUCGUUUGUCACUUGGUGUUUGUCUCAAAAGUCGAAGUCGGAGGCGAUGGAUUGCCAAUUGCCGGACACACGGAAUUGCCAUCGUGUCCAGUUUGUCUCGAGCGAAUGGACGAGAGUGUCGAUGGAAUUUUAACUGUUCUCUGUAAUCACACAUUUCACGCGAGCUGCUUAGUCAAAUGGGGCGAUACGUCGUGUCCAAUUUGCCGCUAUGCCCAAACACCGGAGCCGUUGGCUGACAGUCAUUGCAUGGAAUGCGUUCCAGGCACAUCGAACGACAGUCUUUGGAUUUGUUUGAUUUGCGGACACAUUGGCUGUUCGCGUUACACAAAAGGUCAUGCCUUUGAGCACUAUCAGGACACGCAUCAUUGUUACGCGAUGCAAUUGGGCAAUAAUCGUGUCUGGGACUACGUGGCCGACACUUUUGUUCAUCGCUUACUUCAGGACAAGGAUGGCAAAAUGGUCGAGGGUCAUGAGCCCUCAAAAGUCGAGGGCGCAUCAAUGGACGAGAAAGUCGACUCGGUUCAAUUGGAAUUCACCUAUCUUCUCACUUCACAAUUGGAAACGCAACGACAAUUUUUCGAGGAUCGUCUCAAUAGAUUUGAGCAGAGAACCGUCGCCGAGACCAGUGAAUUAAGGGAUAAAUUGACUCAAGUCAUUGAGGAAAAUACCGACAUGAAGAAAAAAAUCACGUCACUGACGAAGGAGAAAGUGCAAAUGGAGAAGAAAAUACAGGCGACGAGUCAAAAAUUGGAGAAAACACAAACCGAACUUGUUGAAGAGAAGGCGUUGAGAAAGUCAUUGGAAAUGAAUCAAACGUCCUGGCAAACGAAGCAUAAGCAGCUAAGUGAUGAAUUAACCGAAGUGAAAAGUAAAAAAGAAGCUGAAGUCGUUGAUUUAAAGGAACAAUUGCGUGAUAUUAUGUUCUUUUUUGAGGCGCAAAAACAAAUUGAAAAUUCCGAUCAUCGCGAUGAAAUUGCCGAGGGACGUAUUAUCGUUGGCCCCGAGGCAAAUACAUCGAAAAAUAGUUCACGUCCCUCAAAGAGACACUCGAAACGUUAAUUUAAUUUUUUUUUUCGUUCUUUUUGAAUAGUAGAAAAUUAAUUUUAGUAAUAAUUUAUGUGUGAUUUUUUUUAAAGAAAGAAAUGGUAUUUUUUAUCUUCUUUUUUUGGCAUUGAAAAUUAUUGAAAAUUUUUAUCUGGAGAAUUCAAAAGUGAUUAAAAUCUUUUUCUUCUCCUAAUUGUAAAAAAAUGUGUUAUAAUACAUACAGAAUCUAGAAAAUAUAA